AUGGACUUGGGGCAGAUGUCACGCUUUCUUCUAUGCCAUCAUUGCUGCAUGUGAUACACUGCAGCUCUAUUUGGGACAUUACUGGUUCUUCUGUGUCAUAAAUGAAAAACAAACCCUACCCUCUAAAAUUCACACCACCAUGGGAGAAGAAUGCUGGCUUUGGAAGGAAACACAAGUCUUGCACAAGAAGUCAUACCAAAAUAAUAGCCAACCCUGGAAUUGUGAUGAAAGUGCUACGGCGGAAGAAGAUAAUCAUGUUUCUGGCCUAUUUUCUGCUGGUGGCUCUGACCAUGCUGAACCUGGCUAAUUACAAAUGGACCAAAGAGCCUCAGCAAUGCAACCAGCCAGUGCAGGGAGUGAACUUCCAAAGCAGAUCAGACAUCCGUUACCUUUACAAAGCCCCGCAGGUCAAGAAAAGGCAGCUGGUGUACGUGUUGACCACUUGGAGGUCCGGCUCGUCUUUUUUCGGGGAGCUCUUCAACCAAAACCCAGAUGUUUUUUUCUUGUAUGAGCCUAUGUGGCAUAUUUGGCAGAAGCUGUACCCGGGGGACGCGGUGUCCCUCCAAGGAGCAGCCAGGGACAUGCUGAGCUCUCUUUACAGGUGUGAUUUCUCAGUUUUUCAGUUGUACAACAGUCCCGGGGGGAAGAACAUAACCUCUCUUGGACUGUUUGGGGCUGCCAUAAAUAAGGUCAUCUGCUCCUACCCCUUCUGUUCGUCUUACAGGAAAGAUGUGGUGGGAAUGGUGGAUGAAAAGGUCUGUAGAAAGUGCCCUCCACAGAGCCUUCAGAUGCUGGAGGAAGAGUGUUUAAAAUACAACACGAUAGUGAUAAAGGGAGUUCGCAUUUUGGACGUUAACAUUCUGGCUCCUCUAAUGGAGGACCCCUCUCUGAAUCUGAAAGUGAUCCACCUGGUUCGAGACCCCAGGGCGGUGGCCAACUCCAGGAUUAAAUCUAGACAUGGACUCAUUCGGGAGAAUUUGCAAGUCGUACGCAGCAGAGACCCCAAGCUUCGUCGUGUGCCAUUUGUGGACCCCAACCACAAAAUGAACAAAAAAGACGGUUCAGACUACCACUCCAUCGGAGCCAUGGAGGUGAUCUGUGAACAGAUGUCUAGAACUCUGAAAACUGCUCUUCACCCUCCCAACUGGUUCAAAGGCAAAUACAUGACGGUACGCUACGAGGACUUGGUGGAGAACCCCAUAAAAACUGUUCGGAAUGUUUAUCGCUUUGUUAAUCUUUCAGCCAAUCACGAAAUUGAGAUCUUUGCUAUGAAUAUGACAACAGGACCAAACGCCUCCACCAAACCAUUCAUCGUAUCCUCCAGGAACGCGACACAAGCGGCCAGCGCCUGGAGAACUGUGCUGAACUACCAGCAGAUCAGACAGGUGGAGGAGUAUUGUCAGCACGCGAUGUCUCUGCUGGGAUACCUGCGCGUCCGCACGGCCGGCGAGGCUAAGGAUUUGAGCAGACCGCUAUUGACAGUGCCCAAAAUAUGAAUCACUGCCAAAGACGUUUGAUGUUUUGCAUUUGUGCUAAUAACAGCCUGAUACUCAUCGUUCUGUACAAACUGUUAUUUAUGUUCAAUGCUUAAUGGCUCGGUGGAAUGUAUCUGUUUGCAUCAUACUGUGCACAGCCACUUACUGUUUGUCUGUGCAUCACCACCUGUUUGAUCAAAUAAGAAAGAAAAAAAAAUACUUUGUGAAUGACGUGUCAUUGAUCAUUAAAGGUACGCCAAGAUAUUUAUUUAAUGAUUUAGAUUUUGCAUUCACUGCUUUCAGCACUGCACAAACUAAAGAGAUUAUCUAAA